UAUUCAACGAAGAAAUACGAACACAAUGGCGCCAUUGAAUGUAUUUUGCGUCGUUUUAAUUCUUGUUGGAUUUGAAGGUAUCGAGUGCUACCCUGGUGGAGCCCCGUCUUCAGCUUGUGUGUAUCUACUGCCUCUACAUGGAUACCCUAAUAUUUUAGCCCAAUCGUCACCGAGUCCAUAUACUUUACAUAUGUCAGCAGGUACUUACAUCCCUGGACAGGAACUUGAAGUGGCCAUAAAGGCAGAGACGUCACCUUUUAACGGCUGGUUGUUACAAGUACGACGUGUGGAUACCAAUAUGACUGUAGGACGCUUUAUCUCGGAACCAGAUGGAGCUAAACUAGUAUCUUGUAACGGACAGAACAACGCUAUAACACAUAGCAACAGUUACAGUUUCCCUAACAACACUCUUAUAGCGAAAUGGCUGGCCCCAGAUACUGACGUUGGUGAUAUCAUUCUUGUAGGGACAGUUUUAAAAGAUUACAGUACAUUUUGGGGACCACUAACAUCUAACCAUGUCUCCCCUACUCCUCCUCAACCAUCAACAACAACAACUACGACCACUGAACCAACAACAGCCACACCAAGCUCAACAACUACCCAAACAGCACCAGUAACAACAACCUCCCCAACAACGACGAUACCAACUACAACUAAUUCAACAAUUUCCCAGUCAGAGUCCUCUUCUACGACAUCAUCAACACCUUCAACAUCAGUACCGGCUCAACCCACAACAUCCUCAACUGUUCAACCCACAACAUCCCCAACUGCGCAACCAACAUCUUCAACUGUUCAACCAGCAAUAUCCUCAACUGCUCAAACAGCAAUAUCCUCAACUGCUCAACCAACAACUGUAAAAAUAAUCUCGACUCAAACAACCACAAGAAAACCAACAACCACACAACCCACAACAACUACGUCGACGUCAACACAGCCAACAACAGCUACAUCUAGUCAACCAUCUACGACUCAAACAACAGUUAAAAUUGACCAAACCACAACGGCUACAAGAGUAUCGAGCUCUACCACGAAAGAAGAAAUUCCGGUAUCUGUCACAUCAAAUAUUCCAAGAAGACCGACUACACAAUCUUCAACAUCGGAUGAUUCUGGUGAAGAGGUAGAUAGUGAUAAUGCUGGUAAUUCGGCUUCCACCCCUGACUCUAUAUUAUCUGUCUAUAUUAUAUUAUCCUUGUUAUCGUUAUCAUAUACACAUACAUUAUUUAUUUAAUAUUAUACACCAUAUCA